GCACGAGUUCGUGCUUACUACAGUUAACAACCGCGGAAAUAAAGGCUGCAAUGCUGGGCGUGCCUUAUGAUUGAACGAUUCGACGAAGUUGUGGCAGGAUAUUACUCUCGCACUACCCGGUGUUCUUGAAUGACAUUUGCUGUUACUAUUACGAGGUAGAACAGAUACAGUGUGUUCAUAUUGGACGGUUCUGUUCCUGAACUAGGCGACUUUUUUAACAUCUCGGAAGUUUCUGGCAAACGAACAGCAGGCACUGGUUUAUUUACUGGUAUAACACUUUUUUUCUUUAUACCAGUAUUGGCCAUGGUGAAGAUUGAGUUCGCUCCGAUAAACAUUCCUUUCAACAGACGCAUGCAAACAAUUGCUGUACUGUACUGGGUCUUCACCUUUCUUUUUCUGGCACAGUGUUGUAUGGGGGUGUUUGUUCUGGCAGUCCUGAGUGGGUACUGGCAUUUUGCUGCUCUCUAUGGACUGUGGCUGUAUCUGGACUGGGACACACCACAGACUGGGGGUAGGAGGUGUGCCUGGGUCAGGAAAUGGACAAUCUGGAGGCAUUUCCGAGAUUACUUCCCCAUUCAUCUCAUUAAGACCUGUGAUCUGGAUCCCAAGCACCGCUACCUGUUUGGGUUUCACCCCCACGGAGUUCUUGUUGCUGGGGCCUUUGGGAAUUUCUGCACGGAAUACACAGGAUUCCAGGAGCUGUUCCCUGGUCUGACCCCAUAUCUUCAUGUGCUUCCCUUUUGGUUCAAAUUUCCUUUUUUAAGAGAGUACGCUAUGAGUGCAGGUCUAGUUUCUUGCUCCAAGAAAAGUGUGACCCAUGUUCUGAGCCAGGAGGGUGCGGGGGCCAUCUCUGUCAUUGUGAUUGGCGGAGCCGAGGAGUCUUUAGAAGCUCGGCCAGGAAGUCUGACUUUACAAACCCUCCACCGGAAAGGGUUUAUCAAGCUCGCCCUUAAACACGGGGCGCACCUGGUUCCAGUGUUUUCCUUUGGUGAGAAUGAACUCUUUAACCAGCUGGAGAAUCCCGAAGGUUCUGUCAUUCGGAAUAUCCAGAACAGGCUUCGGAAAAUAAUGGGAUUUGCCUUGCCUUUGUUCCAUGCUCGAGGGGUAUUCCAGUACAGCUUCGGGGUCUUGCCUUUCAGAAAGCCUAUCUACACCAUUGUUGGCAAACCCAUUGUCGUGGAACAGAAUGCAAGUCCAACCACUGAAGAGGUGGAUAAGCUUCACCAGAGGUACCUGGAUGAGCUGAAUGGGCUGUUUGAGGAGCACAAGGCCCAGUAUGGAAUAACAGAACAAGGUCAUCUUGUCUUUAAAUGAAAGCUCAUUUGCAAGGCUGAUGAAGUACAGGCUACUGAUUGAUUUUUUUUUAGGGGAUUAUUGAACCCCCAUUUACUUAACAGAUCCAUCUAUUAUACCUUUAUAAGCAUUGUAAAGCAGAGAGGUAUCGUAAGCACAUUAAAAUGGCAAACCAUGGGAAAACUGCAAGCUUUCUGUUUAAUAUUGCAGUGGUAAAGGUGCUUAGUAGAUUUUGAAAAACCUGCACACUUUUAGGCAGGAACAACAAAAUAAAGAACUAUAUAUGCCAAGUCUCAAUGAGUCGUGCAACAGCCCAUGGAUUUUAUACAUUGGAAUAGAGAAAUCAGUAAGCCACACAUACAGAAAACCUAUGAGAUAAGAGCAUUAUAUGAUUGGUCUGUUUUUUUUUUUUUUGUAAGUAUACUUUGUGUUUGUACUGUUAUUAUUUAAUUAUCAGUAGUAAUUAACUCAGUGCAUGUUUCAAUUCACAAGUGCAUGCUUA